AUGUAUCAGACAAGGAAAGGCCUCAUAUUUCAUACUCGAACAAUUCUGAUUAAGAAUUCAACAUUUUCUCAUGCAUCCACGGCUACUUUAAACAAGGAUGUUGUAAAUCAUGGCGAUCAAGAUUCAAAAAAUCUCAUCCCUCUGGUCCACUCGGCGAAAGAUUCUACAAAAUCACCUAACGCCGGUCAGUUAUCAUCAGAUUCCGUGUCAGCCUCUUCAUUGCCUUGCACUUCAAAAAGUUCAGAAAAGUCUCAAAAUGGAGGUGUCAUUGAAUUCACUAAUGAUAUUAGAUCAAGUAAGCAACUUUCUCAUCAAAUUGACGGUAAUUUUAUCCCCAAUUUUCGCCGACCGCUUCUAAAACAAGUCAAUAACUUGCUUCUGGUGACCUGCGUAAAUAGUUUUGAUGAUAGUGAGCUUUUACUGGGUCAAAUGGCUAGCUAUAUCGAUGCUCCAUCAUCUCUUAAUGAUUCUCUAGUUGAGGGCCUAAAGCCAAGUUCAGGUUGGAUUAUGAGAAUUUUCGCAUUCAAUUAUGUCCAUUCAUUGUUGCAGCAAGGACCCAAAGGAAUUCAAAAAAUUACCCGAAGUUUUGACAAGAUCAUGAAGCUCUUUUGCCGGUAUUUGGAUGAUCCUCAUCAUAAAGUAGCACAAGCUGCUUUCUCAACACUAUUGGAGAUGAUCCCGAGUUUUAAAAAGCCUUUUGAGACUUAUCUUGACAGGACUUUACCAUUUAGUUAG